UCCUCUGAAGCUUAAUUUAUCAGCUCUUUCUUAGGAGUCUUGCUGUAGUGUUUGUGGAGCUGUCGUUACGUCUGCAUGUUGAGUUGUCUGUGGUGGUGAAGGUGGUGAUGGCGGUGAUGAGGAUAGUGGUGGUGGUGGUGGCCUGUUUGACUUUGCUGGUGCAGGUCACUGAGGGCAACAACCCAUCCUGCUAUAAGUUCGCCCAGUUGAAGCUUCAUGAUGGAGAAUCAAAGAAUUAUUCAUGCCCCGAAGAGGAAUGUUCGGUAAGGAACGAAAGGAGUGGAAAAGUUACUGGAACAGGAAACUAUUUUGGGGAAUCGGACAUCUGUUUGGCUGCGUUGCAUGCAGGUGUUGUUACCAGACUGGGCACCAAUGUCACCAUCACACGGCUCAAAGGCAGGGCUCGUGAGGUCUUCGGUACAAGCCAGAACCGUAUAGUCUCCCAGACGAAGGAAAGAAAUGAUGGCAUUGUUUUCAGAGUGCAAAAUCUAGUGCAGGAGGAGCCUGACACGGUGGAUGAAGUGUUGAUGGUUCACAAUGGUGGUUCUGGGUCUGUCGUUCGCUUCACUUGUUUCUCGCAAGAUCAGAAAUCUACCAUCUCUGCCACCAGUCUCCGAAGCUGGAACUACACAAAGAUCGAGAUAAACAACAGCUCAGGCGACGGCUCUCCCAAACUGGUGUUCGACUUCAACAAAGAGAGCAACGUUAAUGCCGUGCGUCUCCUGGGCAGCCGAAGAGACAAGGACGUGCUGGCAGUGGUGCAAUACCCUGAAGCCCAGUACCAGUCGUGGGUAGCCACCUUGAGAGUCAGCUUGGGAGACAAAAUUUCUCUCGCCCUGAUGAAAAGAGAACCAACUGAACUAUCACCUGUCGACGUCCUGUUCCAGCGACUCCCUGAUACAAAUUGGGUCCCGGGUAGUCUUCCACUCUCCAUCAAAUCUGCCAGUUCCUCUAAUGCAGGAAUUUACACCUUCAGAGACACAUCCAUCAACAUAGAAGAUACACAUUGGGCUAACAUGGACUGGAUGAUAAGAGGUUGCCGUAAGGAUCUCUACGGCCCAAAAUGUCGAGAGACAUGCCCACAGUGCCUCAACGGCGGCCAGUGCCACAGCCACCUGGGGACCUGUGUGUGUGCGCCGGGCUUCAUCGGGAAAACCUGCCAGUACGCCUGUCCAGCGGGAUGGUUCGGAAAUAAGUGUCAGUUCAGCUGCAGCCAAGACUUGCGUGGCACUCAGGUGGGAGAGGAAGAGGAGCGGGAGAGAAGCUGUCGAGGACUCACCAUCUGCCAGCCUUAUCCGUAUGGCUGUUCCUGUGCCGCAGGUUUCUCACAUUAUCGGCUUGGUCGGACCUGCUCAGAAGAGUGCCGCGCUGGUCACUAUGGUGCGGACUGUGAACAGAAGUGCCAAAACUGUCUCAAUGAUAAGUGCCACCCUGACUCGGGAACCUGCGUACGGGGUUGCCAGCGCGGGAAGGUCUGCAGGAAAGAUAUGCCCUCCCCUGAUGUCAGUCUCACCCCUCUCCACCGUGGAUUCUCGGCCUCUUGGAAAGCCUCCACUGACAAAGACACCUACUACUUCAUUUCCCACGAGCUUUUACACCGCCAUGACUGCCGGGUUAAUGACACGGAGAGGCGUCACCAGCACCUUCUCACCACACUUGAGUACAAUACCACCGCCUUGUUGCAACACGCAGCCUACAAUGUGUGUGUGGUGGCAAGCUCCCCCAAGGCCCGCAGGCGCCCCAGCUGCUCCAUGGUGGUCACACUCCCUGAGGUGCCCAGUGUAAACAUUACAAGUCUUGAAUGUGUUGAUGCUGGGAAGACUCUGACCUGCUUCGUCAAUGUGUCUGGUGGCUGUGAAAACUACAUUGGGGCAAGUGCAACAGUCACCUUCACUCUUCACGCCAAACUGGCCUGCUCAGACCCUCUCACCACAUUGAAAAAUUUCACUAAACUCUCGGACACUACAGCAAACGCAUCUUUUUCUGACUAUCUACAUGGUGAGACGUAUCAAGUGACUGCAGAAGUGGGGAACAGCAUUGGGCCUGGAGACAGAAGAAACAUGAACUUCACCACAAAUGCCAGAGAACCUCCUCCCAUUGUGAAUGUGACCCACAUCUUCCUGUCUGACUCUGCUAUUCAGCUGAAAUGGAAUGAUCCUUGUCCAUCAAAUGGGAAAAUUAAAAUGUGGCGUUUUGCAAGAAAUGGGACCAGUGAGACUGAAUGGCAGAAACUGCAGUCUUGUGGCACUUCAGCUUCAAAUCGUUGUCACUACAUCACAGGGUUGGAGCCGGGGAAUGUUUAUAAUUAUAAAAUUGAACAGAAAAAUGAUGGUGGCACUGAUUAUGGAUACAACUUCACAUUCAAAUUUGAAGAAAUAGAGCCUGGUCCCCCAAAUGUCACCACAGCUGGAAAGGGAGACCAACAGCUUAACUUGACCUUAGAACUGCCCAGCUACCAUGGCGGAACACUCAGGAACUGCUGUAUCUCCUUCACUCCCUCCAAAGAAGAGGAAUGCAAUGACAUUCUGAACCUGGAUUCUCAAACUUUGAACUUUAUGUUUGAUGGGUUGGAGCAAGGAAAAAAAUAUGAGGCAGAAGCAUACUGCUGUAACAACAAGUUCUGCGGUAAACGCUGGAGGCAACCUGUGGCCACAAAGCCUUUGCCCAUCCCCCCCCCUGCCGCCCCCAGCAUUCUCAAGAAGACUAAUUCUACUGUCACUCUCCGCCUUCCUGUCAUCACCCACGAUCAAGAUGGGAACAGGUCCCUUGUUGUGUUUGUUCAGCAAAACUUUAACUUGACUGAGAAGAUCAUCAGACUGUUUGAGACACAGCAGCGGCAGACAAGGAAGAAGAGGCAUUCUUCGCUGGGUGAAGACCAGUGCAAGGCGCAGGUGUGGAUUGCUGCAGAACUGAAUGAGGCUGGUAAGGAGUUUGUGUUGGGAGAUGGCCAAAAAUACGGUGACUUUCUCAACUGUCCCUUAAAGUUAGGCCAGACUUACACCAUUGGCCUCAUGGUGGUGAAUGAGUUGCUCGGAGAGAAAACCUACUCCUUUGUGAUACUGGAUGGAGGGGUGGUUGUGGAGCCCACGGAUAUAAGUUCAUAUGACCCUCUGCUGUUGUUGCUGCUGCUGUUAUUGAUUUUCCCCCUCUUUGGACUGCUGGCAUACCUUUGUUACUCUAGACAGCCAGCUGGCAAAGGUAUUGUUACGCCACCCCCCCCCCAGGGCCGGAUCAAGGGGGGGGGCCAAGGGGCCAGGGCCCCGGGCCACCCACCAAGAGGGGGCCUCCCACCAAUUUAAACAAUACAUUUUGAUUUAAUAAGGUUAGUAUUGUAAUCAUAACUAAACGAGUGUCAGUACCAUGUAGUCAAGUGCCUGCACGUUUUCCUUUCUUUUGUUACCAUGGUAAUCCAUGCAAUUUGGAUGGUCCAUUUUCUCUUACGACAAUAAGAGAGAAUUGGCCCAGCUGUGUGAUGUUAAUGUUAAUUAAACCAUUAAAACCAACAAAAAAUAAAAUA